GAUAAACGAUAGCAUGGAUGCUGCUGAACAAAACGCAUCCAAUUCAACCAAAAUUCUUCUUUUGCUUCGCGGUUUUCUCGGAAUUCAGCAACGCAGAGCCGAAGCAUAUUCCAAACUCAAAAGGGGGUUUUCUGAUUACAUGGCUUCAGGAGGGGAAUUGGCUUACCAGAAGCUUUGCAGUGAAAUCACAAUAGAGUUCAAUGAUUGCUCAAAAAAAGUCCUUGAGAUGGAGUCAUUAUUCCAGAGCCCUGACUACCAGAGAUUAGAUCUUGCACAAAUUCUUAGAGCAGUUCAAGAUCAGGAAAAGCAAAAACUGCACCUGACAGCUACCAUUCAAGUGUUAAAAAAAGCUGGGCGCCCUUCUGAACGACUGGUUAGCCACGAGAAUUGCAAAUAUACGAAACCGAGAGAACACGAGUGUGUUCAUGUCCAGGAGAUUACUGAAGCUUCUGGAACUGAGGAGGCCGAGGCGGAUGCUGAGUAUGAUAAUGCUCUUAAGGAAGCUAUUAAAGGUGUCCAAGAUGCUGUCACAGCCAUAAAUGAACAUCUAGAAGAAGUCAGAUAUGAAAUUGAGGCCCUUGAAGCAGAUUGAUUCUCUGCAUGUUCAUUUAUUUAUACAUUUGCUGACUUAGAUUCACAUUAAAAGCAUAAACAUAUUUCCUUUGAAAGGAUAGGUAAAGAUGCACAGUGCUACAAGUAUUGAGAUGUAUAUAGAUUCCCUAGAGUGGAGUUCAUGAAUUUUGUUCAGUUAAUCAUCAACAAAUUCUAUUAAAA